CCAUCCCCAAGAGGCCAAACAGUGGGUCACUCGUACGUCCGUUUGUGCGGGGUCGUCGUCGUGAUGAAGGAACCAGUCACCUGAUCACCAAAGUUCUGGACGUUUCCUUCGCACAUCCUCUUGCAGAUGUCGUAACACUUUUUUGGCAGAUUUUUUCAACGUUUUCAUCGUUUUGAGAUGUUGAAGGAUGCCCAGAACUUCGCAGGCGGAACAAAAUAACAGAAUUGUUAAAAUGGAAGAUGAUGCACCUAUUAUUUAUGGUUUGGAAUUUCAGGCUCGAGCACUUUGUACCCAGGUAGCUGAAACAGAAAUUGCACGUUUUUUUGUAGGAACGCAAUCACUCAAAUUUGAAAAUCAGAUUCAUCAACUAGAAUAUGAUGAAGAAAAUAGCAUAUUAUCCAAAAGAGUAUUUCUACAUAGUGCAGGCGAAAUUUGGCACAUAGCAUCAUCACCAGUUAAUUCUGAUUACAUUUCAACUUGCUAUAAUCAUCUCACUUCAGAUGGCAAAUGUGAGAUGGAAGGAGCAAUUUGGGCAAUUCCACCAUCUAAAGAAGGUAAUGAUAGUCCUUCAGAUGAGAGUUUAACCACAGUUUCAUCAGUAGAAUUAGUGACGAAGUUAGAAACAGCAUCCUAUGGAAGUGAUGUGAAAAGCAUUGUAUGGCAUCCUGUGGAAGGAAAUCAAUUAAUUUCUCUGGUUGAUGAACAUAUUUUAUUGUGGGACGUUGCAAACAAUAGCCAGGCAAAGGUAUGUAUAUGUUUUAUUGAUAGAAAUGUAUAUUUAACAUAAUAUGCUUUG